UCUAUCCCAGACCCAGACCCAGACCCAGGCUGAACAAACGACGUGGAUCCCCAAGACGCCGCCGCCGCCGUCGCCACAGACCCCCACACGCCACCGGCGCCAUGGAUCCCAUGGAUCCGCGCGACAUGGGGGAGAGGAGGAUGCACGUCGCCGUGCCCGCCGUCGGCCUCUCUGCACACGUACCAGCGCCAUCCUCCCAACGCUCCCGCCGGCGGCCGUCCUCCACCCCGUGCUGCGACGGGCCCCGGGCCUCCGUCAACCCCGUGGAGGAUGUUGUGGUUGUUGUCGUCGUGGCUGCACUACGUCCCUCCGCAUGCAUAUGAGGCCGGCUGCGGCGAGUUCAUCGACAGCGUCCACCAGUUCGUGUUGGUAGUGGGAAUGCAGAGAUGACUUCUAUUUUCCUUCAAUUGCAUCUAAUACCUAUUAACCCUGCUAGCUGGGGCUCUGAUGAGGUUGUGCAUUUUUAGAGGACGAGUCAAGAGAUUGACGAGAAAGAUUUGAUGAGGUUGUGUUGUGCAUUUGCAUCUAAUUCUUUACAAUGUCUCUACAGGUUCCGAGAAUGAGAAGAAAAUGCAAGAGCGAGAGGUUGCACUGUUGCGUUCUUUUAUCAUGGGAGCAAUUGAUGUACCUCUCUGAAUCUGAAUGUCCCAAGAGGGGGCUGCUCCACACAAGUAAUUCUAGGUGAGUUGGCUAACUCGAUAUCAAUGUGAUUAGGUGAUGGCCCAAGAUACCCAGUUCACAGAAUAAGGAAUUUUCCUUCUUUCAAAAUACAAAAUUUUCUACAUUCAAAAUUUUGAUAAUAUUUCUAAUGUAUUGACAUGGGAAGAUUAUUUUAUAAUCAUAUGCAGGCGCCCAAGAUCUUCGACAUCGCCGGUCACUACACUGGGUCAGGCAGCGCCAACGACCUGCCCAGGUUCCGCUUCCUAUGCAAGGCCAACGUCGCCGCCAUGGAGGCGGCCCUCAGGAUCGCCAACGUCAACCCUUACAAGGUGAUUCUCUUCGGCGACAGCGUGCACAACAUUCAGGCAAGCAUGGGGUUGGCCUCCAAAGAGUGCUGUGCUGUCGUGGUAGAGCGUGGGAUGAAAGGUGGGUCCAGUAUAAAACCAGGAGGUACUACCGCCCUUGUCCCUUGCUGUUGGCCUGGCACGACGGUGUCAUGGGCGGCGCUUCGUCCCCCUAGAUUGCGACCGCGGAUCGACACAAACAGGAGAGGAGGGGUUGGCAGGGGACUCCUUGACGGUCCGUGAGCAAGAACAAUGUGAGGAAGAAAGGGCAUCAUAGCGAAGGUGAGGUGGGCAUCAACGAUGUAGCCAGGCCCCGGGCAACAGCAAGGGACCCCGCCUUAUCGCUCCAUGGCCUCGCGGCCGAGGGGCCAGGCGGGUCCUCGCCGCCUUCCACACCAGUGGCAUGGACAGGGUGGUGUAUACCGGUUGAAUCUUGGAGUGAAUAAUUAGUUAUAGAAAUAAUUUGGUUCCUACUGUGCAGUUGCAAAUUUUUAUUGUCCAUCAGUUGUAAUUAGUUGUAGAUAAUUUUUUCACACAAAUGAGUUAUUUUAAUUUUCA